AUGCGACUGAUCGCGAUCACGUCAGAAAGAGGAAUGAACACACCAUGCUCGAUUGUUGUUUUCAAUGGUAAACAUCAUGAUGAAAAAAUGGCAAAGGUCUUCUCGAAGCACUACAGCAAUUAUAAUAUCUCCUGGGAGAAGAGAACAAAUAAAUGGGGUGGUGUGUUAGUGGCUGUUCAUCGUUCUAUACCAGUACAGAAAGUCGAAGUGUUUCAACAUAUAAAGAACGUAAUAGUCCUUGAUAUUGGCACGGCAGAAGAUAAAUUUCAAUUAGCAACAUGGUAUUCAUCUCCCAAAGAGAAUCUGCCGGUAAAACUGUUUGACAACAUCUUAAAACGAAACAGUAAUACAAUAUUAAUGGGUGACUUCAAUGCCGAGCAUUCAUCAUGGUCCAACUCUAUCGACAAUCAUAAAGCCCACGUACUAUAUAACUGGUUAACGACAAAGACACUAGAAAUUGUAAACAAAUUCGUACCAACCUCUACUCGUUCAAAUGCAACGAUCGAUCUAAUCUUAGCUCCUUCACACAUGAUUGCAACAACAUCCUUUAGUGUUCUUCCAUCCAUUGGCAGUGAUCAUUUUCCGAUCAUAUGGACUCCUACAAUCAAAUUACAUAAACGUGAUCAACGUUACCCAAUAAUGGAAAUUAAUGGAAUGAAUGGAAAUUAA